UCUGCUGUUGACCAAGUGAUCCUCUUGGCUGGCACUCCCUUAGAUGAUGAUGCUAUCGUAGGCCAAUGUGGUAUCAGUGAGCACUGCACUCUUGAAAUAGUUGCUCGAUUGUUGGGUGGCAAGGUCCAUGGAUCCCUUGCUCGAGCUGGAAAAGUAAAAGGUCAGACUCCCAAGGUUGCAAAACAAGAGAAGAGGAAAAAGAAGACUGGCCGUGCAAAGAGGCGCAUGCAGUACAAUCGCCGUUUUGUAAAUGUUGUGCCAUACUUUGGGAAGAGGAAGGGACCAAAUUCAAAUUCAUAAAAUGUUGUUUUUCCAUCAGAAACUGAUUUAAUUUGAUUCAAUGUGUUGAUAUAUAUGCGCCUCUCUUCUUUUUAAGAACUGGCUCACUCGACUGGAACUAUUUCAGAUGUGAAGUAAUUGACUUGAUUGGUAUUCAAAUUCUGGAGUGUGAUUAAUAAACACUAUUUCAAGCA